CCAAUCAUCUYUCUUUACAGCCUUGAUGAAUGUAGGAAUACCCUGGUGCAGUUUGGUGUGAAGGACUUGAGUCCUGCUGUUAUUGCUAGAGUCAUAGGUAUGAUGGUGAAGACUGUGAUUGGACUUAGUCAACACAUCCCUAUACAGAAUCURAAUAGCAAUGCCAGUGCCUUGGACAAAGAUGAUAAUCAACCAACAACUUGGAAUGUAGAUAUUUUUAUACAAAUAGCUAAUGAACUGAUUCCAAUGCUGAACUGGCGUCAAGUAAUCCUUGAACUAGAUCACCCAGGAUUCAUUGUACCCAAUGUUGAAGGACUUCAUUUAUUGAUGAAGUUUAUCAGCCGUGGCCUUAAUGAUGGAUUCCCAAUUGAAAUACUUUACAGAUUAUGGAACAACACAGAAGGACAACUGUCAUGGAUACAGUACUUGCUCAACAGUCCUGACAUUUUCUGCUUUACCGAUUACCCUUGUCAUGCAGUUUUGUUAGACACAUUGAAGAUCUUACCAGAAGAGGAAACACGACAGAUAUCAAACUGGAAAUCCUUAAAUCUUGUGGAAACACUGUUGGCCUUGGCUGAAGCUGGUCAUUAUGAGAGUGUCAAACAUGCCUUUGCUUUUCCAUUCAAGAACUGUCCUGAUAUUCUAGUUUUUGCUCUUCUACAAACAAAGCCUAUGUGGCAUACACUUAAAAAUGAGCUGUUGCUACAGCUAAUGCCAAUCUUCCUGUCCAACCAUCCCAAUGCUGCAAGUGUCCUGCAAUAUGCCUGGAAUGGACAAGGUCAGUCUUCUUCAGUGCGUCAAAUUGUGAUGCAAGCAAUGGCUGACUGGUACAUGAAUGGAGAUCAAGAUCAGGCAAGAUUGUCACGUAUCCUAGAUGUAGCACAGGAUCUCAAGGCAUUGUCAGUCCUUCUUAAUUACCAGCCACUGGUCUUUGUGAUUGAUCUGGCGGCACUAGCRUCAAGAAGAGAAUAUCUCAAGCUUGACAAAUGGCUUAAUGAUAAAAUAAGAGAACACCAGGAGAAGUUUUCUGAGGCUCUGGUAGCAUUCCUGAAGAGACGAUGCCCACACUUACUGGGCSUUUCAUUGGAUAAAGAUUUGCCUAAAAGUGUGCAGCUUCCAGCUGAAAUAGUCAUAGCAAUGCUGAGCUGUUUGUCUAGUUGUCAAGUGUCUCCUCCAUUGGCUGACACAAUACGACAAAUGAUAGCCAACCAUGGACCAUUGGUAAAACCAAGGCCUAACCAAUCAGCAAUUGGUGGGUUAAAACGACAAGGUAGUUUGGACUCUGCACUCCCUACUCCACUUAACAGUCAGGUUGAUCCACUUCCUGGUCUUGGUCUUUCCCAGCCAACRUCAACACCAAAUUCUCAACUUCCUUCCUUCCCACCACAUCCUCUUUCUAUUCCCACUAGUAACUUGGGAAGCAUUGGGUCUGGCAUGACUCARCCCAUCCAGAAACCUCCUUCAUCCAACCAGUUUGGCCAUCUUGGAAUGCAAUCUCCAGUGUCAUCCAAUUCUGGAAUUAGUUCGUCUCAAAAYCCCAUCUUUCAGCAGCUACAGCAGUCAGGUCUUGGUGGUACAGUCAGCGGWUCAAACCCCGAUAGCUAUAGGAUGUUGUCUGGUUUGAGUAAGCCAUUGGGAGGCAGCUCUAUGUUACAACAACACCAACAACAACAGCAGCAGCAGCAGCAACAGCAACAACAACAACAGCAACAACAACAGGCUAUGUUAGCACAGCAACAUAGGACACCCACUCCUGAUAAACUUAGACAAGACGUKUCUCAAGUAUGGCCAGGAAUGGAACAGUCCUUUAGUAAAGAAGUAGAAGAUGARGCUAAUUCAUACUUUCAAAGGAUUUACAAUCACCCACCCAAUCCUACCAUUAGCAUUGAUGAAGUACUUGAUAUGUUGAAGAAAUUCAAAGACAGUCCAAUCAAGAAGGAAAAGGACAUCUUUCUGUGUAUGCUGCGUAACUUGUUUGAGGAAUAYAGRUUYUUUCCCCAGUAUCCAGACAAGGAACUUCACACWACAGCUUGUCUGUUUGGAGGAAUCAUUGAACAAGGAUUAGUCACGUAUAUGGCACUUGGUAUUGCAUUACGAUAUGUGUUGGAUGCACUACGCAAGUCUUACAAUAGUAAAAUGUACAUGUUUGGUAUUGCUGCCUUGGAUAGAUUCAAAACAAGGUUAAAGGACUAUCCCCACUACUGUCAACAUCUUGCAUCCAUCCCUCACUUCAGAGAUUUCCCUCCAACAUUGAUAGAAUUCAUUGAAUAUGGACAGCARUCUAGAGAACCACCGCUUACAACUAGAACAUUAACUCAGGAUCAACAGGCAUCUGCAUGGCUAAGUAAYAUUGAUCCCAUGACUUCUAGGCUACUCAAUAGGACAUCACUUGGGUCUGGUAGUGCWAGUCCUACAUUUGCAACAACAUCAGUAUCGAAACCUGGUCAGACUACUAACUCUGGCACAUCAUCUGGGGCUCCUUCUCCUAAACCAACAGCUUCCUCAGAACUGAGUGCAUCAUCGGCAAAUCGAUCCAAAGAACCAUCCAUUGCUAAUGCAAGUAACAUAGACACACUUCUUGGAGCAUCAGAAAAGAGUGAAAUACAACAACCACCAGAACACAUGCAAGAUAAGAUACACUUUAUUUUCAACAACAUCUCUGGUAGUAAUUUAAAGCAAAAGGCUGAAGAGUUCAAGAAUGCCAUUCAACCAGAGUAUUUACAGUGGGUCUCACAGUACAUGGUGAUGAAGAGAGCCAGUAUUGAACCAAACUUUCACCAACUUUACAUUGACUUUAUGGAUGCACUAGAUUCUUUUCCAGAGUUUGGCAAGGAAGUCAUACGAGAAACAUUUAGAAAUAUUAAGGUUUUGCUGCAGUCAGAAAAAGUACCAGCCAAUUUUUCUGACCGUUCUUUACUCAAGAAUCUUGGUCACUGGUUGGGUUUGUUGACAAUAUCUCGUAACAAGCCUAUUCUGAUGAGGGAUCUAGAUCUAAAGUCGCUCAUCAUUGAAGCAUACUUCAAAGGACAACAAGAGCUGUUAUAUGUAGUACCAUUUGUUGCUAAAGUAAUCGAGUCGGCUGCUAAAAGCAAAGUCUUCAAGCCUCCCAACCCAUGGAUCAUGGCUAUGAUGACAUUGCUUGUGGAACUACAUCAAGUACCUGACUUAAGGUUGAAUCUAAAAUUUGAAGUGGAGGUUUUGUGCAACACCUUGUCACUUGAUAUGAAGGAUAUCAAACCAACUGAGCUGCUAAAAGAUCCUGAKACACUGAAAAAGAUACCUCAACAGUUGUGUACACCAGAGAAAGAAAAACCAGAUUUGCCAAGCACAGGUAUACCAACUUCUGGAACUACUACAUCUACUACAGCAGCAGGACAAACAACAACCACACCCCCACCCCCACAGUAUGGAUAUCAUGAGAUCAAUGUGUCUGGGUUUUCUGGUUUGGCACCUCAUAUCCAGAUUAACCCACAGAUUCCUCUCUUCCAACAAAACCCUCAUCUCAAGCAGUUUGUUCGGCCAUCAAUUGAGCGUGCAGUUCAAGAACUUGUCCAUCCUGUAGUGGAAAGRUCCAUCAAGAUCUGCUUAACAACAGCUGAAAUGAUUGUGAAAAAGGACUUUGCUUUAGAUCCCGAGGAGUCACGYAUGCGAGCAGCGGCUCAUCACAUGGUUCGCUUCAUGACAGCUGGAAUGGCAUUGAUUACUUGCCGYGAACCCCUUCUCGUUAGCAUCACAAAUACUCUUAGAUCGAGCCUACAGACAGCGUUCAGGAGUGCAAAUCAGCAACAAAAAGACAUGAUUGAACAUGCUGCAUCAGUUGUGAGUGAAGAAAAUACCGAGCUGGCUUGUUCAUUUAUCCAGAAGACAGCCGUGGAAAAGGUCCUUCCUGAAAUGGACAAACGACUAGCUACAGAAUUUGAUGUUCGUCGACAUGCACGUAAUGAGGGUAGAAGAUACUGUGAUCCAAUGAUCUUGACUUAUCAAGCAGAGAGAAUGCCAGAACAAAUMAGACUAAAGGUUGGUGGGGCAAAUUCAAACCAAACAGCUGUAUAUGAAGAGUUUGCUCGUAGCAUUCCUGGUUUUAAACUGCCGCCAUCAGGGGAGAGUAUUGCUAUGCCACCUGUUUCUAAACCUUUGUAUGAACAGCAUGGAAUACUGAGCAGUGAGGCAUCCAUCCCACCAAUCCAUGAAGACUUCCGACCUGAAAAACUAUCUAUAGAUAGUGUCAACUAUCAGCAGAGUGCCUUCCCACAAUCCCUCAUGCCCGACGAGGUGGUACAAAUCCUCAACAAGUGUGCAGCUGAGAUAGAGCAGCAUCUUCAUGCCAUUAUCGGGCCACCAUCCAGUCCUCCAGUUAUGGCUAUCCAUAGUCUACUUGAUGCUGUAAUGCAAGCAAGGAACUCCCGUGACAACAUGGCUGCCGUUAGGCUUCUACAUAAAGCAGUUGAAGGKCUUUUGGAUGGCGUGACACCGUUACCAAGUGACCAGGAACUUGCGUUACGAUUCCGUGACUGUCAUCUUAUUGUGUUACGUGGACUUCAAGACCCACGUGGUUAUGGAAUCAACUGGACGGCAAGAAAUGUUACSAAGUUUGUAUGUGAAUGUCCACAAGAACUAAAAUUCAACGUUGAAGCAAUCGAUCUUCUAAUUCGUGGCCAUUUAUUAAACAUGAGAGAGUUCGACCAACAUCUUGUCCAGUGCAUGGAUAAUGGACUGAAUCUCAGCGCAGUACAUUUUGCUAUCCAGCUUGUGAARUAUGUGUCUGAUGACAAACACUCUCCCCAUGUUACAGAGGGUGAUCUUUAUCAUACCAUUGAAGCACUGACCAGGAUCGCGCACAGCAGACAGAACUCUGAAGGGUUAUCUACGCUUCUUGAGACUGUCCACAAUGGACAAUCCAACGUUGCCARUCACCCUGACAACAAAGCACCWGGUGGACCUACGUCAYUGACGCCAAACGCGAUGCCAUCUUUCUCAGGGUUUGAAGAUCCCCCAGGAUUACAUGAAAAGGUUGAAUAUCUUUUACGUGAAUGGGUUCGACUUUGUCAUCAACCUGGUGCAGGCAAGGACAGUGAGAAGGCUUUCUCUACAUUUGUGGCUUUGAUGCACCAACAAGGUAUCCUACGAUCAGACGACCUCAUUACAAGGUUCUUUAGAAUCUGUACAGAGCUGUGUGUUGAAGUGACAUAUAGAGCCAUUGCUGAUCACCCGAAUAAUCCAAACUCAGCUCGUGCAAAGUGCUUCAACACGCUGGAUGCAUACUGUCGAUUGAUAGCUUUGUUGGUCAGACAUUCUGGUGAUGCAUCUAAUAAUGUAACCAAGAUCAAUCUGCUGAAUAGAGUCUUGAGCACAGUUGCCACGGUUCUCUUCCAAGACCACGAGCUGCGUCACACAGACUUCCAACAGCUCCCCUACCACAGAAUCUUCAUAAUGCUUCUAUUAGAGCUUAACCAACCAGAACCAGUACUUGAAGCUAUCAACUUCCAAGUACUACAGACAUUUAGUACAGUAUUCCAUGCAUUGAAGCCUUCUCGUGCUCCUGGAUUCGCUUAUGCCUGGCUGGAACUCAUUUCACAUCGACUAUUUAUGUCUAAACUCCUUCUUAACACACCACAGCAGAAAGGAUGGCUGUUAUUCCAGCAAUUAUUACUAGAUUUGUUCAAGUUCUUGGCUCCUUUCUUGAGGAAUGCUGAACUCGCAAAGCAAACGCAUUUGUUGUAUAAGGGUACUCUACGCGUUCUGCUGGUCCUACUUCAUGAYUUCCCAGAAUUCCUUUGUGACUAUCACUUYAGUUUCUGUGAYGUCAUCCCGCCCAAUUGUAUUCAAAUGAGGAAUUUGAUAUUAAGCGCAUUUCCGAGAAACAUGAGRCUACCAGAUCCAUUCACCCCGAAUCUAAAGGUUGAUCUUCUUACAGACAUUGCUCAUUCUCCACGUAUUUUAACCAACAUUGCAGCGGCAAUUCAGCCUGCAACAUUUAAAAAGGAUUUGGACUCUUACUUGAAAACUCGCGCUCCUGUCACGUUUUUGACUGAACUUCGUAGUCAUCUACAGGUAUCCACCGAGCCUGGUACAAGAUACAAUGUUCCUCUUAUGAAUGCUUUAGUCCUGUAUGUCGGUACUCAAGCCAUCGCUUACAUACACAGCAAGAGUGGUACGCCGUCCAUGUCGACCAUAACUCAUUCAUCUCACAUGGAUAUCUUUCAAAAUUUAGCUGUGGACCUUGAUACAGAGGGYCGGUAUUUGUUCCUGAACGCCAUCGCAAACCAACUGAGAUAUCCAAACAGCCAUACUCACUACUUUAGCUGUGUUYUGUUGUACUUGUUCGCCGAGGCCAACACCGAAGCCAUUCAAGAACAAAUCACGAGAGUUCUUCUAGAAAGGCUUAUCGUCAACCGACCUCACCCAUGGGGACUUCUCAUAACGUUUAUUGAGCUCAUCAAGAAUCACCAGUACAAGUUUUGGACUCAUAAGUUCGUACACUGUGCUCCAGAGAUCGAGAAGCUUUUUGAGUCUGUAGCAAGAAGUUGUAUGCAGCAAAAACAAGUGUCGAGAGAAACAACUAACGAAGGACAAGAGUGAAAAGCUUCAACRUCCCCUCACUAUCACAACACAACAAAAACAUCUUGUUUGAUAUAAAUUGCAUGUUCCUCCAUGCAUGGACUUUAUAUCUGACAWGAUCUACACACUGUAAAAUAUUUAACCCAGAGACAAGUUGUGAAUGAGGGAAGUGUUAAUAGAAUGGCUAUGUGAUAUAAGUUUUGUAAGAAUUUUGUAUGUUGAUGUGCAAGAGAAAUAAACAUGUUUGUUUGA